AUGGGCAGCUCGGAUGAAUCUUCGGAUGGGCAGCAUCUGCUCUCAAGAUUCCAGGCCUACCGUCCCAGCACUGCGCACAGCAACGCCUCAAAUACAAAGAACCAUGAAGCCCAUCUUCCAAAACGGAGAGGCAGACCGAAAAAGGUAGCCCCGAUCCUAAACCUAGCAGAGUCAGACGGCCUCCCUCCAGUCCAUAUUUCACUGGGCAUGCGCCGUUCGCGCCACACGUCCUCCUUACACACUCUCGACGGGUCAGUCGACGCGCUUCAGAAUCCUCACUCCACAAGACAUGAGAAUAGCAGCGCCUCUCGCUCAUCUGUCGCCAGACUACCAUCUUCAACCUCCAUGGCUUCAUCGCAACCAAACAAUGCUACUGGCUCUCGUUCGAGAAGAUCAAAAGCUCAGAUCAGGAAUUACUACUCGAAUUCCCAUUAUUCUGGUUACGUCUCUAGCUCGGAUGGUGAGGAUGAAAGGACACAAGUUGAUCAACAGCGUGCCCCGUCUCCACGUCUACUACCAGCUCCACCCCCACCAAAGUCAAAAGUGAAAAGGCGAGAGUCUCGCGUCAUAUACGACUCAUGCGGUAUAUGCAUCUUGAGACAUCCAUUUGCCCAAUUGGAUGAUGUGCCCAAUCUUCCAGAUAAAGUCCCAUACUCGUCAGAAAGUGGGCCAUCAAGCUACGCGCAGCGAUUCAGGAAUGAUCUUCAGACGCCCAUACUUCAUGUCUCUUUUAGUGAUGACGAAAUCGCGGCUAUGGUUACACUACUCUCUCCUUAUGGCGUGGACUCAUAUUUGUUUGAUAUGUGCCCAGUAGACCAAGUCAGCCACAUUAUCCAGCGAAUUCACAAAGGUCGAGAAAGACAGCUCGCUAAGCGCAUUUCUAAAAUGGCGCAUCUGCAGAAACUUCUUACAAGAUAUGGCUUUGAUAAUUUGGCUGCGUAUCAUCAAAAUCACCAGCCGGCCAAUUCUCGAAUAGAUAACCUAUUGGACGGAAUAUUUUCUGGGAAAAACAGCACAGAUUUCAACCAGUCCAACUAUGUCACAACGGCAGCCGUGCUUCGUAGGCGCCGAAAAGCGGAUAUACGUGGGUUUAUCAAGGAUGCAAGACUAGGAAACCUUCCAACGAGACCUUUUUAUGUCAGCGCAACCCAAGAACGUGUGUCUAUGCAGGGUGGUAGAGGUCAAAAUUCAGCACUUGAAUGUUUUACACCGCGUCCACAUAAAGAUUAUAGCUUACAGAGAAGUCUUACUUGGAAAGGUGCUUCUAAUGACGUGAUAAAUCUCGCUUGGUCUCCUGAUGGGUCGAACUUUGCAGUCGGUGCAGCAGCGCAGUGUGAUGAACAUAACAUGCAGUAUAAUCGCUCGAAUAAUCUUAUAUUGGGUGACUUGAUGCAUAAUUCUAUCAAAGAGCUGCCAGACCAUCGCAUUCCGUACCCUGUGGCGAACCCGAAUAAUACUCAUUUGUACAUGAGUGUUAGCGCUGUGCAGUGGUUUGACGACACUCUUUAUACAUCCAGCUACGACAAGACAGUCAAGAUUUGGGAUGUUUCCUCAUACACGGAUGCGAAUUGUGUGCGUACGCUUCGACAUGACUCAAAGGUCCAGGUCAUGGCGAGAUCGCAUGCGAAUCCCAAUAUAUUGGCUACAGGCACAGACUCUACAUUGCACCUGUGGCAUUUUAACGACUCUCAUGAAUCGUGCCUGUCAUUGGAUUUUCUCAAGCAGCGUUCCAUAAAAAAUCCACGCAUGAUCAGGGAUAUCGAUCUAUUGCCCGCCUCAUUAGCAUGGGGCCCAUCCCCUAUUACACAGAAUUUACUUGUCGCUGGCUUCGCUGGUAAAGGAUAUCAUGAAAGUGACGCAUGCAGAGAAGGCUUACUGGCUAUGUGGAGAUUGACCGAAAGCUCGGUGGAACCGUUUCAAUUACAGCCGAAUGCUCAGAAUACGUUUGAUGUAAAAUUUCAUCCUACGUUGUCUUGGGUGGCCACUGGCACUUCAGUUCCUUCGAUGGGCUCAAAUGGAACGGGCAAAGAUGUUCGGUCAUUGGUGCGGAUAUAUGAACCGUUGGAUAAAAGAAGAUGUGCGAUAGAGUUUGAUUGCCCAGCGCUUGACAUGAACGAUGUGUCAUUUUGUCCUAUGGGCCGAUUUUAUAUUUCGGCUAGCUGUACAGAUGGGGUUACUUAUGUGUGGGACUUUCGGAAUCCAUCUCGCAUUCUACAUGAACUACCCCACGGGAAUGCUUUGAAUCAAUUAGAUGAACAGCUUACAAGAGAACAAGCGGAUGUCGGCGUACGUGUUGCUCUAUGGGGGGAUAGCAUCGAAAACUUUAUUACCGGCGGUUCUGAUGGAGUCCUCAGGGCUUGGAAUAUACUUUUGUCGCCUGACGAUGCCCACGUCCGAGAUAUUGUUACUCUGGAAGAUGAAGUCAUGUCGGGAGCUUUCUCACCCGAUAAGUCGACGCUGUUAAUUGGGGAUGCGGCCGGUGGAAUCCAUAUUUUGCAGCCAGACACAGAUUCGGACACCUCUGUGCAAGAACUUCAUUACGACCACGGCGAUGGCAACUUAGAAAUGUCAAGCGCACCGUCUGACUCUGGAAGAGAAAUAGGACAGAUGCUGCUAAAAACGGGUCAACUUGUGCAGCAUCCAAAGUAUGGAAUUGGGCAGGGCCCAGCAUACCAAGGGCCGUAUGCUGCUUGGGCUCGACCAGAGGGUACACCAGAUGGCAAACUCGCAGUUACGCCUCUCUUGAAGGAAAUACAAGCUCUCCAGCUGGACCAACCAAACCAGAAAUCACAUGACACAGCCACUAUGGCAUCUCAGUUCACCGUUGAUAGACAACGAAAAGUGGCAGAAAUUCGCAACAGGGACCCCAGCAUUCUAAAACGGAAACACCACGUGGAACGUGAGUCCGAGAAGAAGCACCGGCACGUGGAUGUCAUCGAUCUAUGCAGUGACGAUGAAGAAUGCAAGCCGCCUGUGUGGAUUGAUCUCACGAGCGAACCUGACAUAGAGAAUGUUCAAAGGCUUGUGCCAAUGGACGAGGAUGGGUAUGAGGAUGACUCGGAGGGCUCAGAGGAUUAUUGGUUUCCAGAGAGUUGCAAUGUUGACCCGAAUAUUCGGGAAUCAGAAUAG